GUUGAAAAAACCCUGCAUAUAAACUUCCAUUUCUCAAUCCUCUUCACGUUCAGCUAUGCAGAUAUUCGUGAAAACCCUAACAGGGAAGACAAUUACUCUCGAAGUCGAGAGUAGUGACACCAUCGACAAUGUCAAAGCCAAGAUUCAAGACAAAGAAGGUAUCCCACCGGAUCAGCAGCGUUUGAUUUUUGCUGGAAAACAGCUUGAAGAUGGAAGAACCCUAGCUGAUUACAACAUUCAAAAGGAGUCUACAUUGCAUCUUGUGCUCAGGCUUCGUGGUGGUAUUAUCGAGCCUUCUUUGAUGGCUUUGGCUAGGAAAUACAAUCAGGACAAAACCAUCUGCCGCAAAUGCUAUGCUCGUCUGCAUCCAAGGGCUGUGAACUGCAGGAAAAAGAAGUGUGGUCACAGUAAUCAGUUGAGGCCAAAGAAGAAGAUUAAGUAGAUUAUGGCUCUGAUGUUGUUCUUUUCAUGUGGUGUGGUGAGCUGGUGACCAAUUGUUGAUCAAGACAGUUGAGAUCAUGUGUUUAGUAUGGUGUUAAACAAUGUUUGAAUGCUUUUGGUUUUGUUUAUGUGUCAUUCAACUAUAUACUUUUAUGUUUUGAUCUAUUUCAUGUUCUAGUCUUUAGUUUUUGAGGAUUCAUGACUUAUAGCAACAAUUUAUGUUAAAAGUUUGUUUUAACUACAUUUUAAUUUUCAUGUUGUUUUGA